AGUGUUGGUGCCCUCACAGAGAAACAGUGUUGACCAAAGGAACCUGCCCUCAGAGGGGCUGCACGGCCCCUCUGAGGGCUUGUGGUUCUGCUGUGUCAAAGUGCAGAGUGGUGGGGGUGCCUUGCAGUUUAUAAUCUUAAAAAUGUCCUCCAUGCAGAUGGGGGACCUGCUGCCCUACAGCGACCCCGGCGUGGUCUUCCUGUUCAUGGGAUCCUUCGCGGUAGUGACCAUCAUGCAGUGCUUCCUGCUCAGCACGGCGUUCAACCGCGCUAACCUGGCGGCGGCGUGCGGCGGCAUCAUCUACUUCACGCUCUACCUGCCCUACGUGCUCUGCGUCGCCUGGCAGGACUACAUCGGCUACGGGGCCAAAGUCUUCGCGAGCCUCCUCUCCCCCGUGGCGUUCGGGUUCGGCUGUGAAUACUUCUCCCUGUUCGAGGAGCAGGGCGUGGGCAUCCAGUGGAGCAACCUGGUGUCCAGCCCCCUGGAGGAGGACGACUACAGCCUUCGCACCGCCAUCAUCAUGAUGUACGUGGACUCCUUCCUGUACGGCCUGCUCACCUGGUACAUCGAAUCCGUGUUCCCAG